CCUACCCACUUUGCCGCCAUUGGGGUAGCCUCCAAUAUCAUAUCAUUUGUUGAAUUCACUUACGAAAUCGUCAUCGGCGCUGCCAUGAUCGCCAAGAACGGCAGCACGCCAAAAAAUGCCAACUUAAGUGUUAUAACAGAUGACCAUUUUAGACUCACUGAAGGUCUCAAGCUUGAUCUCGAUAGGAACUCGCUUCACGAAGAUGCACUCGCACAAUUGGCAUUCAAAUGUAGUGAGCUGUCAAAGGACUUGCAGAGCCUUCUGCAGAGUCUGGAGACCCAGAAAGAUUCUAAGCGGGAAAGCAUCGCGAUUUCGUUGCGUUCAAUGCGCAAGAAGGGGAAGCUUGCUAAAAUGGAGGACAUGCUUGCAAAGUACCGAUCAGAAAUUUCAGCUCGUUUCCUUGCGACGAUAAAGUAUGUCAUCGACCACCAUUCCUAGUCCAUACAGCCGACGAUUAAUAAUUAGGUAAUAUAGCGAAGGGCAGCUAUCAC